GGCUGGGAGGGCGCCUGGAUCCCGAGACCCGCGCGGGUGGCCAGCUGGCAGGAGGGGACGGGGUCAAAGGUGGAAGGCUACGGGCCGGCAGGGAGAGGAGGCCUGACCCGGGUUCGGAAAGAGGAAGGACAUCAUCUGUGCGGGACAGUGUGCAGGAUGGACACCCGGCCCGGGCGGGUGGUUGCAGCCGCAGGGAGGGCUGCUGAGAGCGGGCAGCUCAGUUUCUGGAUCCCAGGCGGGACCGAGUCAGGUCGAGUGCAGGAAGCUGGAGGGGACUUGGCUAACAAGACCAAGAUACGACUCAGCUGAGCUUUGUAGCUCUGAGACAGAAAAUGUCUGCAGAUGGCGGAGGCAUCCGUGCUACCCAGGACAAGGAGAGAGCCCAAGAGACUCCAGGUCAUGGGCAUUCUUGUCAAGAAAUGCUUUCCAAGUCGGAGGGGACAGUGCUGUUGGGAGCUGCUCAGGAGUCACCCCACAUCAAGAUGGAGCCGGAAGAGCCGCACCCUGAGGGGGCAUCACAGGAGGCCAGAGCUCAAGGAGUACAGGGCUGGGUGCCCCUAAGCCAGGGCUCUAAGGAGAAAACGCAUUUCCUGCCUGGCGGAGCCCUCCCCUCCCCCCAGAUCCCUGUGCUCUCUCAUGAGGGGAGGACCAGAGACCGGCGGAUGGCCGCGGCGCUCCUCACUGCCUGGUCCCAGAUGCCAGUGACCUUUGAGGAUGUGGCUGUUUACCUCUCCCGGGAGGAGUGGGGGCGGCUGGACCACACACAGCAGAGCUUCUACAGGGAUGUCCUUCAGAAGAGGAACGGGCUGUCCUUGGCAGGGUUUCCCUUCAGCAGGCCUUUCUGGGCCUCUCAAGUGCAGGGCAAGGGCGAGGCCUCGGGAUCCUGCCAGCAGAUGGGAGAUGAGGAGGAGGAGAAGAGAGGAGCCGUGGAGGUGGGCAAGGAGGAGCUAGCCCCGCCCCUGGGAGCCCUUGGGGAUAUGAAGUCCUUCAAAAGCAGGGUGGGGAGAGCCCAGGGGGAUGCCCCACGGUGUGGGCAGCGAACAGCCGGCGGCCAGAGCUCAGGGCCAGCCAAGGACGAUGUGCAGCCGGGUCCUGUGGAGGAGGCACAGUCGGAACCAGCCCCGCCUGACAUCGGCAUCCCGAAAGCCCAGGAGGGCCGCUUCCCAGAGCAACCCAGAGAUGGGGAGACGACCGCCCCUGAGAGCAGCGAGGAGGGCCUGGCCCCUAACGGCGACGCCGGCAAGAAGACCUACAAGUGCGAGCAGUGCGGCAAGGCCUUCAGCUGGCACUCGCACUUGGUGACGCACCGGCGCACGCACACGGGCGAGAAGCCCUAUGCCUGCACGGACUGCGGCAAGCGCUUCGGCCGCAGCUCACACCUCAUCCAGCACCAGAUCAUCCACACUGGAGAGAAGCCCUACACCUGCCCGUCCUGCUGGAAGAGCUUUAGCCACCACUCGACGCUGAUCCAGCACCAGCGCAUCCACACGGGUGAGAAGCCCUACGUGUGCGACCGCUGCGCCAAGCGCUUUACCCGCCGCUCAGACUUGGUCACCCACCAGGGCACCCACACAGGCGCCAAGCCGCACAAAUGCCCCAUCUGUGGCAAGUGCUUCACGCAGAGCUCAGCCCUGGUCACCCACCAGCGCACCCACACCGGGGUCAAGCCCUACCCGUGCCCCGAGUGCGGCAAGUGCUUCAGCCAGCGCUCCAACCUCAUUGCCCACAACCGCACGCACACCGGCGAGAAGCCCUACCACUGCCUCGACUGCGGCAAGAGCUUCAGCCACAGCUCGCACCUCACCGCCCACCAGCGCACCCACCGCGGUGUCCGGCCCUACUCCUGCUCCCUGUGCGGCAAGAGCUUCAGCCGGCGCUCCAACCUGCACCGGCACGAGAAGAUCCACACGGCGGGGCCCAAGCCGCACAGCUGCGGCCAGUGUGGCAAGCGCUUCCGCUGGGGCUCCGACCUGGCGCGCCACCAGCGCACGCACACGGGCGAGAAGCCGCACAAGUGCCAGGAGUGCGACAAGAGCUUCCGCAGCUCCUCGGACCUGGUGCGCCACCAGGGUGUGCACACGGGCCAGAAGCCCUUCUCCUGCUCCGAGUGCGGCAAGAGCUUCAGCCGCAGUGCCUACCUGGCCGACCACCAGCGCAUCCACACGGGCGAGAAGCCUUUCGGCUGCAGUGACUGCGGCAAGAGCUUCUCACUGCGCUCCUACCUGCUGGACCACCGGCGUGUGCACACGGGCGAGCGGCCCUUCGGCUGCGGCGAGUGCGACAAGAGCUUCAAGCAGCGCGCCCACCUCAUUGCCCACCAGAGCCUGCACGCCAAGAUGGCCCAGCCUGUGGGGUGAGGGCCGGAAGGGCAGCCCAGGCGGGGUCCCCACCCGGCCCAAUCCACCAUCUCCGCUGCCGGCAGGACUGCAGGGGUCCCCCACGUGCAGAACCCAUCAGCCCUGCCCUCCUGGGGACCUGGCCAACGCCCCCCCAGGCAUGGAAUCCCCUGUGACCUUGUGGCCAUGCCCUUAACUGCUCUGGGUUUUUUCUUGCCCCCUGGUUUCCUGGAGCCCCGGCACAUUCCAGGCUGGUGGUGUGAGCACAGGGGAGAAGCUGGGGCACAGGGAUGUAUGAGGACUCGGGCAGGCCUGGGGUCUCCAUCCCAGAACCCCCUCAGCCUUGCUUGGCCCCGUCACUCUGUUCCCGGCCUUCUCGGCUGGGUCCAUGGGCUGGGCCUUCUGUCCUGCCAUCCUGUGCCUUCCCACGGGGGUGAAGGCUAAGCCUCAGGGUGCUGCUGGGCUCUGGGAGGGUCAGUCAGCCCACACCCAUGAGGACCUGGGUCCUGGGUGCGGCCACAGGGGCUUUCUGUCCUCCACCCCUUCCCAUUUCCAGACAUUGACCGCUCUGCCCUGUCCCAGCAGCAUGCAAGCUGCCUGCCUCUGCCUUCAGCCAGCUCGCCCCAGCUGAGUUCCCAAGAGUCACCCUCCACCAGUCUGGGGAGGGUGGUGUUGGCUCCGGGGACAGAGGCCAAUUGUGCAGACCAAGAACAGGGCCAGUGGAGGCCCGCUGCCCCCGCUGCUCCCCAGUCUCCUGGAGUCUCGGGGUUUAUGGUACUUAACACUAGCACUCCAUCAGCACCUUGUCACUAACUCCUGAGGCGCUGUAUUCCCUGCAGAAGGGCAUUCACAGGGACAGAUCACAGGCCCUCCCAAGGAGCUGGCCCAGCUGGCCUCAAAGGGCAGCAGAAAGGUUGAAUAAACAUGAA